GGGCUGCGGCUCCGCUUCGAGCGGCAGUCGAGAAUCAGCGAGUGAUCGCGCUUGGACUUCAGUGUCGGAGCAACUGGUCCACGUCGUAAAGUUGCGACAAAAAAGUAUAUCAAAGGAAUGUAAUCUCCGUACGAAUGACCGAUCUUCUACCCGUCUACGACGCGCUUCAAUUCAGACACUUUAUUGUCCACGUGACCCACGGGACCGAGCGCGUAUCGGCAGCUGUUGAAAAACAUCUGAGGAGGCCGAAGAGCAGGCUUCUGUAAUCGAUGGGUUGAGAACGCGAAAUUCGUGCUUUUCAGCUUUCUUCUUUUCUCUUAACCAAGGUGUAUUGCUUACCGAUGAGCCAUGCUGAAGGUAGUAGGAGCCUCUUGGCUGCAAACACGCAUUUCGACUUACAUACUACUCGCCGUAGCUUUGCUAGGAAUUGGAGCGAUAAUCCUCGGCGAAUUUGGACAGAGCAUCAGUCAUCAAAAUGUCAGGAAUUUUAUUAUAACAAAAUAUAAAUUGUAAAUCAUUCGGAAUCUUCUUCCUGCUGGGAUUGAUACAUUCGCGUGUGCAACACGUGCUGCAAGUUGGAAAGAUCGGAAAUAUCAGCAGUUUAGCUGUAACAAGCCUGAUGAGACUGGUCGCGAGCAAGGAUUGUGUUACACGACUUCUGUCAUCUCAAGUUCGCGCUCCAGACUCAACUGUCUUAAGUCGAACUGCAUAUGUAUUUACAGGAUGGUCAAAAAAUUGGAUCAUUGUUGAACAAGAUGGAACGUAUGCAGCAACUGUAACAUGGAACCGCAAAGGAGGAUACCGUAUUGACUUUUGGGGCCAAGGCAAUGAUUUAACCGCCGUUCCAUUGCACGCGGCUCGAGCCUAUUAUAAAACCGGAAUUUUCGAACAUGGGUGGUCUUAUAUUGAAAUCGAAACAUCAUCAAAGUACCCAGACACGGUACAAGCAUACGCUGCAGGACUUUUAGAAGGUAGUCUGACCUGGCAAUUAAUUCAUCAUCAUUGGUACAACACUAUAAGACCAGCAUGCGAGAAGAAACCUGUCGAGUGUGAAAAGUUGACACGGUAUCUUCGGGAUAAUACUGCCAUAAUCCGUGAACGCGCCGAACUUAUGGAAUCUACCGAUCCUUUUUGGCAUAUGGUACGAUUAUUUUACACUCAAUUGGAUGGCAUGGAAGCAGGCUGGAAAUUCGCUGUCCGUCGAAGCCGUGUGUCGGUGUCGCUCGAAUCAGAAGAUUUCUUAUGGCUCGCUUUAGCUUCCGAUUUAUCUAGUUUCCAACAAGUGUUUAAUAUUUCCAGUCUACCUACGAGUUCUACAAUUUUUUUUAAAUCGUUUCCAAAAGAACAUUCGGAACCUUUGAUUGCGGUGGGUCACAACACUGCAGCACCGUACACUGAUAUGUUGAGGCUUUUAAAAAGAUACACGUUUGGCUAUCAUGUACUACCGGCGACAAAAACUUCUGCACUAAUUCCCAGUCGGUCAAUAGUAAUGUCUUCAUAUCCGGGUGCAUUAUCAUCUAAAGAUGAAUUUUAUUUAAUGCAGGGGGAAAAUCGCGAACUGAUUGUUACUGGAACAUCUUUACUCGCAACGAAUCAGAGUGAAUGGAGUUUCUUACACCCUAAAGAUCAUGUAAUGCUAACUGUGAAAUUAAUGACGGCAAAUAGAUUAGCGACGAGCAGUCAAUCUUGGUUUAGCAGUAUGUCUCAUCAGAAUGGGGGUGCUUCUGCAUUACAAUGGAUCAUUUUCGAGCCACGUUCAACGACAAUAUUAUUAGUAGAACAAUUACCAACGAUGACUCUAGCCAUGAAUUACACAGAAGAGUUCAAGAAAACAGGCUUCAUAAUCUGUGGUGGGGUAUCAUAUUUUCAAAGCAUCAACGACACCGUACGACCUGUCAAAAAGGAUCUAAACGCUUGGAUGACACGUUUAGCGCGUUUACAAGAAAAUAUAACAACGUUAGAGCAAUUUCAAAACCUGAUGCGUGGGUGCAGCCAAGAAGAUUGCACUGUCAAGGAGAAUCAUUUGAAAACAGAUCCGUUGCAGGAAUUAACUUACCGCGGCGAUUUAGAAGACGUCCCUUUACCAUACGGUGUUAUAGAUAGCAAAAUUUUGGUCGUCGAUGUGGACGGCUUGGAAAAUUUUGAAGCCAUUUCGGGACCAGCUACAUCACAAUCGCGUACACCUUUUAAAUGGUCGAAAAGCUUUCCUAACAUAUCGCAUAUAGGACAUCCAGAUACUUUCAAUUUUGAAAGUACUAUCCCUAGGUGGAUCUGGAUUUAAUUAAUAUUAUUAGUAUAUUUAAAAUUUUUUAGGAGCUUUUAAGGGAUAGAAAUUUUAACAUUCAAUCAAUUCCUCGCAGCUGGAUUUUACUGUUUUUAGACGAAAAUUUGUAAUAAUGUUAUUUAAAUUCUUUUCUUUUAUUCAUUAGCUGGCUCAUAUGUUAGCCACCUAUGGUAAGAUUUUAUAAAA